AUUUGCAAUGAUCUGCUGCCAGGUACUUUGUAAUGAUUAAGGUUGCCGCAGCAAAAUUAUUUAAUAUUCCAUUUACCAACAGCAUUCUGCACGCUGCGCCUGGGAAGAUAAUAAAUAAAAUCAACAAACUAUGGAUAUACCUGAUAAUGCAGAUCUGGAUCCUCCAACUUUCCAAGAAGCCCAGGAUCUCGUAGCUCAGAGCUGCAUAAGCAGGAUAGCACAUGCAUGCUCAUGCCGCAUCAAGGACUGCCAGGUCCCAUCCUGCACAAAGAUGAAACGCGUCAUUGCACACACAAAGGUCUGCAAAAGGAAGACUCAUGGUGAUUGCCCAAUCUGCAAGCAGCUUAUUGCUUUGUGCUGCUACCAUGCAAAGAACUGCACUGACGGGCCAGAGACGUGCUCAGUACCAUUCUGCUCACGCAUCAAACAAAAAUUGGAAAAGCGGCUGAUACUAAUGCAACCUAUUACACCUGCUUAUAGAAGCUAUGGCAAUGACCUGUUGUUGAAUACUAUCACAAGCACAAACUCGACGAUGUUGAUAUUUGACCAACUAAUUGAAGAUAAGGCCUCAUUCGCAAAGAAACUAGAGAGAGAUAUAUAUGAGGGUGCAGACUCAUCAACCGAUUACUACCGCUUGAUGGCCACGAAGAAGUGGGAGAUUGAGAUGGACAUUGAAGAGAAACUGCGCAUGGAGCAACGUGAGAUGGAAGAGAUUAUAAACUUACUUGGAAAUCAUUAAAAAGAGUAGGUAGGUACAAAAAUAGUAUUAAACUACAAAAUUACAAUUUUACAUUGCCGGUAACACUGCUAAAUCAAACGAGCAGUACUGCUUACCAUAAGGGCACACGGGGCCUGUGCCCAGGGCCCCCAUCCUCAGGGGGCCCCAAAGGACAGACAGUAACAGUAUCUUUGAUUACCCAUAAUAGAAGAUCAUAGUAGAAAAAUGUUAGUUUAAUUCGCUUUCUUUACUUUCCAAAAGGGCCCAUAUUCUUAUGCUUAGGGCCCAGCAUAGUUUAAGACGGCCCUGCAAACGAGUGUCUGCGUCUAUCUAGGAUUACAUAGUACCUAUACAAUUUGAAUCUUUAUGACCAUUGCUUUUAUACUUUACAUUGUAAUUAUCUAUCUAAAAAAAUAUUUAUUCCUUUUUAAGAAAUUUCAAUGGACAGUGAUAUUUGUAGGAUAAAUAAUAAGAUAUAAUAUAUUAAUAAUAAAUUAAAAUUUAUUUUAACAAAUAUGUGACGUUCCACGGGUGAAGGUACCUUAUGGCGGUUGGCGCUUACAUCGCAUUAAUCGCAUAGCACCACAUUAGUA